GUAUUGUGUAUCGUGUUCUGUUGCCGGACUUGAAAAACUUUGCUAUGAGCGGUAACCGUGAGGAAUUGUUGAAUUCGAUCAAGGAACAAGGCGAUUUGGUGCGACAGUUGAAAGCCGCCAAAGAACCGAAAGAAAGGGCUUGAAACAAAAUCUCCCAGAGACACCCAAAGUUUUCCUACAGAUAAAAGACAUUAUUUUCCAUCUACUACUCCAUUUCUAUCGAUUCAUCUCGAAAAUGUUGCAUCGAUUUGUUCGAGUUUCAAAUUCGAUUCGUAUACAAUUGCAUACUCAUAAACAGAAACCGGGUUUCUUAAGCUUUCGGGACUGUAGUUAUUCGACUGAUGAAAAGAUUGCCACUAUUUCCGCUGGCGCACAACAGCAAAUACUACAGAUCGAUGAAGAGGUGGCGAAACUCCUAGCCCUUAAAGCCAAGUUGAGUGGUGAGGAAAAUGCAUCUUCACAAAAGUUCACACUUAAAACGCCCAAGGGCACACGUGAUUAUAAUCCGCAACAAAUGGCAUUGCGGCAAGGUGUUUUGGAUAAAAUCGUAGCGGUAUUUAAAAAGCAUGGAGCCGAGUCUAUAGAUACUCCAGUGUUUGAAUUGAAGGAAGUGCUAACUGGAAAGUACGGCGAAGACUCAAAGCUAAUUUAUGAUCUCAAAGAUCAAGGCGGAGAGAUUUUAUCUCUUCGGUAUGAUCUGACAGUUCCUUUGGCUCGUUAUUUAGCCAUGAGUAAGAUAUCGAGUAUUAAACGGUACCACAUAGCGAAAGUUUAUCGGCGGGAUAACCCGGCAAUGACGAGGGGACGAUAUCGGGAGUUCUACCAAUGCGAUUUCGACAUCGCUGGAACUUACGAUCCUAUGCUUCCUGAUGCUGAGUGCGUGAAAAUCGUUGUUGAAAUACUCGAAGCCUUACAAGUUGGUGACUUUGUAGUGAAGUUAAACCAUAGAUUAUUGUUAGAUGGAAUGUUUGAAGCUUGCGGCGUGCCCAGUGAUAAGUUCCGAUCGAUCUGUUCUGCUGUAGAUAAGUUAGAUAAGUCGCCCUGGGCUGAUGUGCGGAAAGAAAUGAUUGAAGAGAAGGGAUUAAACGAUGCUGCUGCAGAUUUGAUAGGAACUUACGUACAACUAAGUGGCGGAACAGACUUAGUCGAUAAAUUACUUCAGGACGACCGUUUGAAAUCAGUCAAGUCGGCCGUGAAAGGUUUGGAGGAGAUGAAACUCUUGCUGCAAUACUGCAAAGUACUUGGUGUAGAGAAGAAUGUUCUGUUCGAUUUGAGUCUGGCUCGAGGCUUAGAUUAUUACACUGGGGUUAUUUACGAAUGUGUAUUGAAAAGUGAUGCCCCUGUUGAUAGUAGUGGGGAGCAGGGAACUAUUGGGUCAGUGGCUGGUGGAGGUCGUUAUGAUAACUUGGUUGGCAUGUUCGAUCCGAAGAAAAAACAGGUCCCAUGUGUUGGCGUGUCGAUCGGUGUAGAACGAAUAUUCUCUUUGCUUGAAGCUAGACAAAACGCACAAGGUCUUAAGGUCAGAACAACAGAGAUUGAAGUAUAUGUCGCGUCUGCUCAUAAGGGAUUGCAUGAGAAACGACUAAAAAUCAUCUCAUCGUUAUGGGACAAAGGAAUCAAGGCUGAACACUCCUAUAAAACCAACCCCAAAUUAUUAGCCCAAUUGCAACAUUGCGAAGAGAACGGUAUUCCUCUAGCAAUUGUCCUGGGCGACUCAGAACUAGAGCGAGGCGUUGUUAAAUUGCGAGAAGUCACAACAAGAAAGGAGGACGAAGUGAAAUUAGAAGACUUAGCCGACGAAAUAAUCCGACGAUUAAGAUCAUAAUGAAAUCCAGUGUUACACCUACCACGCAUUAGCAUUUACUUUCAAGCAUUCUUGAAGCAUUUGUAUUGCAAAGGACAAACGAAAAACAAAGCUUUCAAUACCCUUAUUUAUUUAUUCUCAUAGCAAUGUCUUUUUCAAAAUAGAUGGCAAAACAAUUUGAUUGUAUUUCACUCUUAAUAUUAAUUGAAAGAAUUACAACUAAGAUAAUAUGGAUCCAAAGGAAAGAAAGAAAUGAGAAAAGGACCGAAAAUAAAGCACUUUAAAGGCUUGAAA